AUGAGCCGCCAUUUCUUGUACUACUGCAGUGAACCUACCCUGGAUGUGAAGAUUGCCUUUUGUCAGGGAUUUGGGAAACAAGUGGAUGUGUCAUAUAUUGCCAAACAUUACAACAUGAGCAAAAGCAAAGUUGACAACCAGUUCUACAGCGUGGAAGUAGGUGACUCAACCUUCACCGUUCUCAAGCGCUACCAGAACUUAAAACCUAUUGGCUCUGGUGCUCAGGGAAUAGUUUGCGCUGCAUAUGAUGCCGUCCUUGACAGAAAUGUGGCUAUUAAGAAGCUCAGCCGACCAUUUCAGAAUCAAACGCAUGCCAAACGAGCUUACAGAGAGCUGGUCCUCAUGAAGUGUGUGAACCAUAAAAAUAUUAUCAGUUUAUUAAAUGUCUUCACACCACAGAAAUCUCUGGAGGAAUUCCAGGAUGUUUACCUGGUAAUGGAAUUGAUGGAUGCCAACUUGUGCCAGGUGAUUCAGAUGGAAUUAGACCAUGAACGAAUGUCUUACCUGCUCUACCAAAUGCUGUGUGGGAUCAAGCACCUUCACUCUGCGGGAAUCAUUCACAGGGAUUUAAAACCAAGUAAUAUUGUGGUAAAGUCCGAUUGCACGUUGAAGAUUCUGGACUUUGGACUGGCCAGGACUGCAGGCACCAGCUUCAUGAUGACUCCCUAUGUGGUGACACGUUAUUACAGAGCACCAGAGGUCAUCUUGGGAAUGGGCUACAAGGAGAACGUGGAUAUAUGGUCUGUGGGAUGCAUUAUGGGAGAAAUGGUUCGCCACAAAAUCCUCUUUCCAGGAAGGGACUAUAUUGACCAGUGGAAUAAAGUAAUUGAGCAGCUGGGAACACCAUGCCCAGAAUUCAUGAAGAAGCUACAACCCACGGUGCGGAACUACGUUGAGAACCGACCUAAGUAUGCUGGUCUCACUUUCCCCAAACUUUUCCCAGACUCUCUCUUCCCAGCCGACUCAGAACACAACAAACUCAAAGCCAGCCAAGCCAGGGACCUUUUGUCAAAGAUGUUGGUGAUUGACCCAGCCAAGCGGAUAUCAGUGGAUGAAGCCUUACAGCAUCCAUACAUUAAUGUGUGGUAUGACCCUGCGGAAGUGGAGGCGUGGAGUGUUUUCUGCUCACCAGACUUAAAAAAGCCUCCUCCUCAGAUAUAUGAUAAACAGCUGGAUGAAAGAGAACAUACGAUUGAGGAAUGGAAAGAACUGAUCUACAAGGAAGUAAUGAAUUCUGAAGAAAAAACUAAAAAUGGAGUAGUAAAAGGACAGCCUUCUCCUUCAGGUGCAGCAGUGAACAGCAGCGAAAGCCUCCCUCCAUCCUCAUCUGUCAACGACAUCUCCUCCAUGUCCACUGACCAAACCCUGGCAUCUGACACCGACAGCAGCUUGGAAGCUUCUGCAGGACCCCUCGGUUGUUGCAGGUGA